AUGCCGUUGCCGACGAACGGGCAGAGCUCCAAACGCCCAAACAUCGUGAUGACUCCGCUCUUUGAACGUGUUCUGGCGCAGGAUGAGGACGCCUCCCGGAUACAACAACAAUACGCCGAUCUUCAGGCAGCGACCGAGCAGCUCAGAGCGAAAUGUGGGCUCUUCCGGGAGAAGCCACCAUCAAAUAACUCUCCAGCUUCCAACCUGAAGCGAAAAGCCUCUGAUCACCCACUUGACGGGCUGGAAUCGAUCGAGGAGAACGAGCCCACCGCUGGAGAUCUUCUAGCCAGACUCUCAAACGAACUGCGCGACGAGCUUAGCAAUGUGACGCCGAACGAAACGAUCCAUCUCUGCGGAUUCGGACCACUCCAGGCCCUCGCAUCCCGCCCUUUCGAAGUUUGGGAGCUCGCCAGGGAAAAGCUGCACACCUGGCCAUACAGUAGAGUGCCCGUAUGCUGGAGACGGCUGCUGGAGGAUGCGACGCUGGCGAAAGUGGCGAGAAUGCUCAUACUGCGUGCGGUGGCAGUGGAAGGGCUGACAUCUAAGCGACGAAUGAUAAGUGCAUCCGAAAGGCAAAACGCAACGACUUCACCAGACCGCUGGUUCGCAGAUGUUGUCAGAGAGCUCGACGUGGGUAUGUCCAUGUCUGGAACACCUGGCCGACGGUCCACCUUCGAGCACGCUUUUCGAAAGCUGGAGAAGCUUCUCCCGCAAGACGCAGUUCCACAAGUUGCAAGCAACUUUGGCAUUGAGCGCCCAAACAAGAUCCAGCUUGGCAGUCCCACUGCCCAUGAGAAUGAACCAUUGACCUUUGAAGCGUUUCAAAGCCACCUCGAUCACAAGACCACUCCUCUCAUCAUUCCCGGUGCGUUGGAACACUGGCCAGCCUCGACAGAAUGGCAAAAUCCAAACUACUUCCUCGGCCGCACCCUUGGCGGUCACCGUGUUGUGCCUAUCGAGCUGGGCAAGAUGUACACCGACGCAGAGUGGAGCCAAAGGCUAAUGCCGUUCCAUGAGUUCUUGACCAACUACUUGCUACCUGCAAAUCCCGACGAAAUCGGUUACCUCGCGCAACACGACCUCUUCAGCCAAAUUCCAUCUCUGCGCUCCGACUUCAGCAUCCCCGACUACUGCUACACCACGCCACCACCACCCACUGGCGCCGUCUCUCACACUUCCGGUCUGGGCACCACACCUCAGCUUGACGAGCCUCAACUCAACGUCUGGUUCGGACCGAAGGGCACGAAGACCCCGCUGCACACCGACCCAUAUCACAACAUCCUCUGCCAGGUGGUUGGCUACAAAUUCGUCCUUCUCUUCCCACCAUCGGACACCGGCAAACUGUACCCGCGCGGAGAGAAUGAGAAUGGGGUCAGCAUGGCAAAUACCUCGCAGCUCGACGUUUCUUCGAUGUGUCCGAGGGAGCUUCUGUUUAGGAGCGGGUCAUCUUCUCCCACAGACUCAGUUACAGGGGCACGUUGCGAUCUUUUUGAAAGGUUUCCUGCUUUCGCCGGAACGGACCACCUCGAGGCGAUUCUGGGCCCUGGCGAGUCGUUGUAUGUGCCGCUUGGCUGGUGGCAUUAUGUGGAGAGCUUGACGACGAGUAUCAGUGUGAGCUUCUGGUGGAACUAA